AACUGUAGUCCUCACGUGUCAAGACGAACCUAAAAUUAAACCAGCGAAUGAACAGCUGAGCGCUCGAGUGUGUGGCGUCCACACACACACACACACACACACAGCUGAGCGCUCGAGUGUGUGUUCACUGGCGUCUACUCACGCACACGCGCGCGCGCCUUUGUCUGUCCACGCGCGCUGUGUGACAAUAACACGACAACACGAUGACACGAUUCACUUAUGCUGAAUAUAUCUCCUUAUUUCGAACAAACGGCACAAAACGAAACUCAUCGCCGCAGAAAAGCUCAUCAUGUGGACGCGCAGCAGACCGAGACAUCGAGCCGUCAGAAGUGAUUUCUGCGGUGAGGAGAGGAGAUGUGCAGCGUGUGAGUGAACUGGCAUCAGCGAGUGACGCAGACGACUGGACAGCUCUGCAUGAAGCCGCUCUCUGCGGACAGACGCUCUGUGUUCAAGCGCUGCUGAAAGCUCGUGGCGUGUGUGUGGACAAACGCACGCUUCAGGAACAGACGGCUCUGAUGCUCGCGGUUCAAGGACAACACCUGGACUGUGUGAGGAUUCUUCUGGAAGCAGGUGCCGACCCUGAUAUCAGCAACAAAAACAAAGAGACGCCUCUUUAUAAAGCGUGUGAGCAGGAGAGCAUUGGCGCGGUGAAGCUGCUGCUGGCGUCUGGAGCGGCAGUGAAUCAGCGCUGUCACCGAGGCUGGACCGCACUGCAUGAAGCCGCGCGACGGGACAACGUCCAGCUCUGCCAGAAGCUCCUGCAGGCCAGAGCCACCAUAGACACCCGUAACGCUGACGACGUCACACCCACAAUAGAAGCCGCGCGACACGGAAGGACAGAAGCGCUUGCUUACCUGAUCCAGAACGGUGCUGGCGUGAACCUCCAGACGUGUGAUGGAAACACGGCUCUAACUGAAGCCUGCAGACACGGUCACAGAGAAGCCGUGAAGCUUCUGCUCCAACAUCACGCCGAUGCCAACAAAGCCUCUAACGCAGGCCUUCUGCCACUGCACAUCGCCAGCCAGCAUGGACACGAGGAGAUUGUUUCCCUAUUGCUGCCGAUCAGCAGCCGGAUGCGGUUACGGCAGAGCGGCAUCUCACCACUCCAUCUGGCCACCGAGCACAACCAUCAGAACAUCAUGCGUCUGCUGAUCGAGGCCGGGUGUGACGUCAACAGCAGACUCUCGCAGCAGCGCUCAUCCGAGUUCCAGGACCGCCGCGUCACGGCUCUGUACUGCGCCGUCGCUGCCAGGAACGCGCAGGCGGCUGAAGUCCUGCUGAACGCCGGAGCCGAUCCCAACAUAGACCCCUUCGCCCCGCUGCUGUUGGCGGCGCAUCAGGGCUGUGUGAAGAGCGUGGCGCUGCUGCUGGAGCACGGAGCCCGUGUGGACGCUCGCCCGCCGGGCCUUACCGACGGCUUCCCUGCGGUGCUGAUGUACACACAUCACCUGGACGUCCUGCGGUGUCUGCUGGACCAUGGCUGCGACGCUCAGGCCUGCUUCACAUGCCACAGACAUCAGUGUGAAGAGGACACACACUUCAACACGAGCCUCGUUAAACCAGAGGUACAGAUUUGCAACUGGAUCUCAUCCUCCUGCUGGAGAAAUUCGGCCGCUCACGUCAUUGAUCUGCUGCUGGACCAUGUGGGAAACGUUCAGCUGUGCAGCAGAAUCACGGAGCUCCUCCGGGACACACCGGAGUGGCCGAGCAUCAAGGAGAAAACAUCGUCUCCUCGAUCCCUGAUGCAUCUGUGCCGGCUGAAGGUGCGAGAGCAGCUGGGGACGCAAAGACUGCGGUCUGUGGACUCACUGCCGCUGCCGGGGCCGAUGCUGCGAUACCUGAGCUCCAGAACCGGCUCCGACCACAACACAACACCUCACCUGUGCUCUCACGGACACACACAGCUUUCUGCCAAUCAUUAAUGCUGAAAUAAGAUUUCUGCUGGGUAUUUAAAGGGUUAGUUCACCCCAAAAUGAAUUUCUGUCAUUAAUUACUCACCCUCAUGUCGUUCCAAACCCGUAAGACCUUCGUUCAUCUUCAGAACACAAAUUAAGAUAUUUUUGAUGAAAUCCACGAGGAAUAUCACUCGUCUAUAGCGAGCAAUAUAAUCAACACUUUCAAGGUCCAGAAAGACAUUGUUAAAACACUGCAGUGGUUCAACCUUAAUGUUAUAAAGCAACAAGAAUACUUUGUGUGCAAAAACAAAACAAAAAUAAUGACUUUAUUCAACAAUCUCUUCUCUUCCCUGUCAUUAUCCUUACGCAGGUGCCGCAGUAGGCACAGUGAAGGCUUCCGUGUUUACGUCCGAAUGCCGGCUCAGUAUUGGCCAAAGCUGGUCACGUGAUCAGCACGACGCAUGCGUGUGAUGCUAACGCAGGAGCCGGCCAAUAAAGAGUCGGCGUUCUGAUGUAGAACCUGGAAGUGCUGGACGUAAACAACGUAUGAGAAUGACACAGAAGAGAGAUUGUUGAAUAAAGUCAUUAUUUUUGUUUUGUUUUUGUGCACAAAAUGUAUUCUCGUCUCUUCGUAACAUUAAAGGAACACUCCACUUUUUUUGAAAAUAGGCUCAUUUUCCAACUCCCCUAGAGUUAAACAGUUGAGUUUUACCGUUUUCGAAUCCAUUCAGCCGAUCUCCGGGUCUGGCGGUACCACUUUUAGCAUAGCUUAGCAUAGUUCAUUGAAUCUGAUUAGACCGUUAGCAUCUCGCUCAAAAAUGACUUGACUCUUCUGUAGUUACAUCGUGUACUAAGACCGAUGGAAAAUGUUCAAAAUAUUACAUUCAUGUGACUGAUGUGUUUUCAUUUUCCGUCGGUCUUAGUACACGGUGUAACUACAGAAGAGUCAAGUUUUAAAUAGGAAAAAUAUUGAAACUCUUUGGUCAUUUUUGAGCGAGAUGCUAACGGUCUAAUCAGAUUCAAUGAACUAUGCUAAGCUAUGCUAAAAGUGGUACCGCCAGACCCGGAGAUCGGCUGAAUGGAUUCGAAAACGUUAAAACUCAACUGUUUAACUCUAGGGGAGUUGGAAAAUGAGCCUAUUUUCAAAAAAAAAGUGGAGUGUUCCUUUAAGGUUGAACCACUGCAGUCACAUGACUGUUUUAACAAUGUCUUUAGUACCUUUCUGGACCUUCAAAGUGUUGAUUAUAUUGCUGUCUAUGGACGAGUCAUAAACCUCUCGGAUUUCAUUAAAAAUAUCUUAAUUUGUGUUCUGAAGAUGAAUGAAGGUCUUACGGGUUUGGAACGACAUGAAGGCGAGUAAUUAAUGACAGAAAUUUCAUUUUUGGGUGAACUAACCCUUUAAUAACAGGUGCUGUGAGAUUAAUUGUUCUAUUGUGGAUCGAGUGUUUUGUCUUCAGGUUGCUUAUUUAUAACUUAAUUUAUGAUCUUGAAGUGUGUGUUUGAUGCACAGUUUUAUGUUUUAUUUUUAAGUGUCUGUGUGUUUGAUACACAAUUUUAUGUAGUUUUAUUAUCUAAAAACACAGAGUAUGAGCACAGAAUAAAGUGCUCUCCGUAUGUCAUGUGCUGCUUUGAGUGUGUCAGUGUCUUUAAUGAGCAGAGAGUGUAAAGCAGUCAAUUACCAGCUUUAAUGAGCUAAUUUAGCACAAGACCUGGAUCAUGACCAGGCUUAAUUAGUGUGACAGAACAACAUCUCAACUAAAAGAUAAUAAUAAAUACUGAUCUCUACAUCACAGUGAAAUCAUGCUGUGAAUCUGGAACAGAGAAAUAACGUGAUUUAGACUGUUAAAUGAAAACACAAAAGAAAGUCACCUGCUGUCAAGAGAACAGAAGGAUUUGUUGAAAUGCUGUGAUCAUACAGAAUCUGUCCAUCUUGAUGUCCUCGCAUUCCAACUUCACAAAAGCCAAUAAAAAAAAUCACCGCA